CCCACCAACUGUCAUGGCUGACAAAAUGAAUGUUGUGGGGCUCCCACUGUUGUUUUUAUUAACAUCAGUGGCUCUAUUACACUUAUUCAUUUGUCCGUUCACAAAAGUGGAAGAAAGCUUCAACUUGCAAGCGGCCCACGACCUCUUGUAUCACAAGUUUGACUUUGACAAGUACGACCACCAUGAGUUCCCUGGUGUGGUUCCACGAACCUUCAUUGGUCCCCUGCUCAUCUGCAUCCUUUGCUCCCCUCUUGUUUUCUUGUCUUCUCUGCUGGACGCACCAAAAUUCUCCACGCAGCAUAUCGUCCGAGGCACCCUGGGAGCAUGCGUGAUGGCCGCGCUGUGGCACAUGCAGCGAGAGGUGAGGAGGCAAUUUGGCUCCACGGUGGCGCUUCUCUUCUGCCUGAUGUGCGCCUCUCAGUUUCACCUCAUGUUCUACAGCACCAGGACGCUCCCUAAUGUGUUUGCGCUCCCGAUUGUCCUGGUUGCAUUCACCUCUUGGAUGGCUCAUAAACACGGCAGCUUUAUCAGCCUCUCCGCUUUCGUCAUCAUCGUGUUCCGCUCUGAGCUCUGCAUUUUUUUGGGUCUCAUGUUGCUGGUGUCACUGUGGAGCAGAAAGCUGAGCUUAGUGGAUCUUUUUUACUACGCCGUUCCCGCCGGUUUGCUAUCAUUGGCUCUUACUGUGGCGAUCGACACUUUAUUUUGGAGGAAGCCUUUGUGGCCAGAAGGUCAGGUUCUAUGGUACAACGCUAUCCUCAACAAAAGUUCCAACUGGGGAACCUCGCCCUUCCUUUGGUAUUUCUACUCGGCUUUGCCUCGUGGCCUGGGCUGCACGCUGCCGCUGGUCCCGCUGGGUUUGCUGGACCGGCGCACGAGGCUUCUACUGCUACCCGCCGUCGCCUUCAUCCUGGUCUACUCGCUGCUGCCGCACAAAGAGCUCCGCUUCAUCAUCUACACCUUCCCCGUGCUCACUCUGGUGGCCGCCCGAGGCUGCUCUUUUAUUUUAAGCAACUACCGGAAAUCGUGGCUGUAUAAACUGGGAUCGGUUGUCGUGGUGGGCCAGCUGGUGAUGAACGCGGCAUACUCGGGUGUUUGCCUCUACGUUUCCCAUCACAACUACCCAGGAGGGCGAGGGAUGCAGGAACUGCACAGGCUGUUGCCGGCCACGACAGACGUCUUUGUUCACAUUGACACGUUCGCUGCUGAAACCGGAGUGUCUCGCUUCUUGGAGCAGCACCCACAUUGGAGAUAUGACAAACGAGAGGAUCUGCAUCCAGCAAGUCCCGACGUGGAAAUGUUCACGCAUCUCCUGAUGGAGGCAAACGUCACCAAGAUGGAGCUUCUCCGCCACACUCAUCGCCCCCUGGUGUUCAUACGCGGAUACGACGGCAUCGCUCGCCAUUUGUUUGGCGUCCCGCCUUUCAGCGUGACGUUGGCGAACAAAACUGUGCUGAUGCAGAGGAUCGCCGCCGACUCAUGA